AUGAAUAAAAUAAUAAAAAAUUUUAUAAUAUAUAAUUUAAUAUUUGUAUAUAAAAUAUUAAGUAUAAAUUAUGAUAAAUGUGAUUUAAUUGUUGAUUCCGCUAUUUGUAUUAAUAAUAAUGAAAAAAUUAUACUACCAGAUGCUAUACGUUCAGACUACUUACUUAAGUACUUAGUUAGUACUAUGGUAUUAGUUAGUUACAUUAUUAGUAUUAUUGGGCUUGACUCCGUUACGGUGGAAAAUAAGACUACCAAAAUUGCUCCUAAGGGAGCUAAUGACACUUUUAGUACCCCUGGAAAGGGAGCUAAUGGUAGAAUAUUAUAUAUGAAAUUUGAUGAGAUAUAUCCAGUGGAUAGUAGUGGAUAUGGUAAUCAUGGUAUUGGUAUAAUAUCAGGACAUUCAGGAUUUGGUGGUAUUGGUACUUCUGCAUAUUUCAGAAAUAAUUUUAUAUACAUUAAUAAUCAUAAUUUAAAUAAUAAUAAUAAUCAUUUGAAUGGGAAAUUUAAUAAUUUGAAUGGAAAAUUUAAUGAAUUAAUUGGAAAUUUCAAUGGAAAUACUUUGAAUGGGAUUGGUAAUGGGAUUGGAAUUGGAAAUGGAAAUUUGAUUGAAAAUGAUUUUACAAUAAUGUUUUAUAUUUAUAUGUUAACUGAUGAAAAAUCUUUACAAAAUUCUUUAAAAUUUAAUCAAUUCUGUACUAUUCUACAUAAAGUAAUUUUAAACUCAUUAUUACUUAAUUAUUUACUAACUAUAGUAAUUAAUUAG